AUGCGCCUGUGCCCAUGGCAGCUGUGCCCAUGGCAGGAACCUCCGGUGACAACAACAGCACCCCCAGAGAAGAAUGUCAGCAGCACCAACUCUUGGGACUCCAUCUACCAGCAUCGUGAUUUCCGUGCUUCUAGGAGGAAGGCCCAAGCGGCCGCCAAGAAGAUCUCUGAGCUCCGUGGGGGGGCAUCCUCGUUGGGCUUGGUAGGCGAAAUGGAUGAUCCGAAACUCUCUGAGUCUUGGUCGCUGCGAACAGUUCGGUCAUCUGCAUUCCGAGCGGGCGUUCCCAUUGUGAUCCUCACGAACCUGAUACUUCUGGGCGUGGAGGUGGUUAUGUCUGCGGAGCUGCCGCCCAAUGCCCAAAUCGAGGCAUUUCAGGUUGCGAACAUUGUCAUCGUGUGUUUCUUCUUCGGUGAGAUCCUCCUUAAGCUGCAUGCAUAUGGCUGCAAGAUGAUGUACUUUGGGAAAGACCGGUGGUGGAACUGGUCAGACCUCUUGAUAUUCUCGAUGUCUGUCUUCGAGAUUGUGGGUGAGGCAAUGGCUUCAGUCGUGUUUGCCUCGCAAAUGGAUCCGACACAGCUCCGCACGAUGCGUUUCCUUCGAAUGGCACGCGCACUGCGCGGAGUGCGCGUGCUGCGCCUGCUGCAGUACCUCAGUGCCUUGCGCACCAUCGUGUUUUCCAUUGUCAGCACCAUGGGAUCCGUGUUCUGGACAUCGUUGUUGCUUGUGAUCCUUUUCUACCUGUUUGGCGUCCUCAACACGCAGAUUGCCACGGACCACUGCAGAGCUCUAACACACGCUGAAGUUCCGCAGAAAUGCGACCCAGAGCUGAUGAGGUUCUGGUCCAGCGUCCCGCAGGCCAUGUUGACACUGUUCCUGUCCAUCACGAACGGUGUCAGCUGGGAUGACUGCCUGCAGCCCCUUUGGGACGUCUCCCGCGUGGCCCUCGUAAGUCUGAUCGUGUACAUCGUAAUCACGGUCUUCGCAGUACUAAACACAGUGGCAGCCUCAGCAGACGGUCCUCCCUGA